AUGUCCAGCGAGCCGCCACAAAAAUUUUUGCCAAUCUCAAGUGGACUCCGAAACACGUCUCGCGGGGAACUUAUUCUUACUUAUGCCCUGACUAAACAAAGCUUGGCCAACGGAUCUUUCACCGUUGACCGAGCAAAAAUAUGGUCGGGCUAUAGUGAGAUUUUCAAGCUAGGAACGCACACAUUCAUUAAGCAAUUUCUCUUCUCAUUUUGGGUUGCAGCCGCGUGGUAUGACCUUCUUCCGACGACUGUGCUACACCCUUUUUACUUGUGCCGUUCAGGUGAACGACAGCCACUAAAAGACAAGAACAAAACCGAAUCUGGAAUCUUGGGCAAAAGCCUCGAUCCCGCGUAUCAAUCCGUGAAUUGCUCCUGGAAUAUGCCAACCAAGUUGUCUGCUCAGGACGCACGAAGGACGUCACCCUCAUUGAGCAUGUCCAGCGAGCCGCCACAAAAAUUUUUGCCAAUCUCAAGUGGACUACGAAACACGUCUCGGUAUCGUCGCCUCCGAGGGGAACUUAUUCUUACUUAUGCCCUGACUAAACAAAGCUUGGCCAACAGAUCUUUUACCGUUGACCGAGCAAAAAAAAUAUGGUCGGGCUAUAGUGAGAUUUUCAAGCUAGGAAGGCACACAUUCAUUAAGCAAUUUUUGUUCUCAUUUUGGGUUGCAGCCGCGUGGUAUGACCUUCUUCCGACGACUGUGCUACACCCUUUUUACUUGUGCCGUUCAGGUGAACGACAGCCACUAAAAGACAAGAACAAAACCGAAUCUGGAAUCUUGGGCAAAAGCCUCGAUCCCGCGUAUCAGUCCGUGAGUCUGCGGCACGAUUGGGGAACCAAAGUUACAAGGGUUCUUCCCCUACUUUUGAGCACUUAUCUGAUGAUACGAGAUACGAUCGUGAAGCCUUUAAAGUGGAGGGCAAAAACAAUACGAAGAGGGCAUAGCAGGAGGCUUCCUUCUUGGUACGUGAUGAAAAACUUCAAACUGCAGAAAAUGGAGAACAAGAAUACUGGAUCUGGAGAAACAGCAGAACGGCGAGGAUCUUAUCGGCCUACCUGGGAUGUUACGCUUUUUCUCGAAUCGGAAACUGUUGCUGUACUGAAGAAAGAUGCACACUUCAGUUCCAUCCUAGGCCGUACAACUGGUCCGCAGGCUACGAGUUCAGCUGAUCACCUGCCUGAUCACGGCCCGGUUCCGUGUAUCUUGAGUGCAAAUGACACACAGAGCAGAAACCUCUCGGUGAAGAUUUAUGAUUGCCAAAAUGCAAACUCUGUGGAUUUGGUCAUCUGUCUUGGAGGUGACGGAACUUUCUUAAAAAUCGGCUCGAUGUUUCAGACCUGGGAUGUUACGCUUUUUCUCGAAUCGGAAACUGUUGCUGUACUGAAGAAAGAUGCACACUUCAGUUCCAUCCUAGGCCGUACAACUGGUCCGCAGGCUACGAGUUCAGCUGAUCACCUGCCUGAUCACGGCCCGGUUCCGUGUAUCUUGAGUGCAAAUGACACACAGAGCAGAAACCUCUCGGUGAAGAUUUAUGAUUGCCAAAAUGCAAACUCUGUGGAUUUGGUCAUCUGUCUUGGAGGUGACGGAACUUUCUUAAAAAUCGGCUCGAUGUUUCAGCAAGCUGUUCCUCCUGUCCUCGCCUUCCGACUUGGCACAUUGGGUUUUCUAACACCGUUCCCCUUCGGUUCGUUUCAAUCCUGUAUUCGCCGCGCUAUGGAAGGUCCUUCCAUUUGCUUGUUGAGAACCCGCCUACGUUGUGAGAUUUCGCGUGGCGAUCAGAAUGGCAAAAGUAUGACGGACGGUUCAGACAGUUCCUCAUCUAGAAGUAAUUCUCCUGAUAAGGAAUAUCAUUUCCUCAACGAACUUGUGGUUGAUCGUGGUCUGUCCCCGUGCCCUUGUAAUCUCCUGGUGAAAGUCAACGGAAAGCCGGUAACUCACUUCGAGGGGGACGGGUUGAUCGUGAGCACACCGACUGGGAGCACUGCGUACUCAAUGGCAACCGGUGCCAGUCUACUUCAUCCAUGUGUACCAGCCUUCCUACUAACUCCGAUUAAUUCGCUGACGCUGAGUUCAAGAGCGAUAGUUCUUCCGAUGACCGUGCGCCUCGAGAUUUGCAUCAAUUCGACUGCUCGGUGUAAAUUGGCUCACUUUUCUUUCGAUGGGCGUUCUCGAGCAUCCAAUCUCAUACGUGAUGGAGACUCCAUUUCGGUUACUGGUUCACCCUAUCCAGUACCUUGUCUGUCUACUGAAGACCAGGCCGCUGAUUGGUUUUGUGGAUUGAAUGGCUUGUUGAAUUGGAACGCUCGACGCAGGGAAUCACUGUAUUGGAGUGGCUCACUCUGUGUGGACGAAGAUACUUGAUGACUUGGGUUCGAUUCAUUGUCCUUCUUCAAAACACAUUUCACGCCACUCGCUGUGCUGUUAUUUUGACACCGUUUUUUCUAGAGUGCUUUGCUAUCUUUGUGAUUUUCUAUUGUUGCUUACCUACAUAUGAUUACGGAGCCACAGUAGUACUCUGUCAACUAUCGUCCUCAGAGACGAAUUCUGUUGAACAAUUUGCGAAGUUCAGCAUGUGUUCAGAGAGGAAGCCAAAAGUUUUCUUUGGUGCUGUUGAUGAGCAAAAAAUCUGAACUUUAGCAGGCUGACUUCGAGGGUCUAGAUGGCAAAAACCAACCUUCGCUCGCUUGAGACUGACGAACAGCACACAGGGAUAUAACGAAUGUCAGAUGCUCGUGGAUUGUUCGUUGAGUUUGACAGUUUUGUUGCAUAUGUUCCGCUAUCAGUCGAGGUGGCAUCUUCGAUAAGAAGCAGGAUGCGCACUGACGUGUGGUGACAAAAUUGCCAAACUCAGCAAUUAGUUCAGGAAGCAGUGUAUAUGCAUGGGUGUUCUAAACAUAAUUGUCCAGCUGUACUAACCCAAUCAGAGCCGAGUUUCCAAAAGUCGUGAUUAGUUGCACGAAUUUUUCAAGGCUCUUCUCCUCCUAAGAUAGCAGACAGUUUGGGAUGCAGAUUGACCAGUCGAAUAACUGACACUUAGCUGGUUAGGCUCGGCAUCAGACUAGAGGGCUGUUCAAAUGUGUG